CCUUCCCUUAUUAAUUGCGCGAAAAGCCAUCGAGAUACCGGUAAGGUCCGAAGAAGCCCGAAUUGAGAAGGCAGGCAGAAAUCCUAAGAGGAAGAAGACACCGGAUUUUGGCGCUGUUCUUGGAUUGAUAUACCAUCAAGGUUGGAUUUCGAGGAGUGUUUUGGUCGCCCUUUAUCGGAGAAGUGGGGGGGGACAUUCCUUGGAUUCGAGAUGGUGGCUGGAGCAGUGGUUAUCCAUCAGAGCAUCCCCGUGCUGGACGUGCAGUAUCGGUGCACCGCUAAGGAGAUUGAGGGGAUCGUCAACAUGUCCGCGGCGGCAGCGGCUCCCUCAUCGCCGGAGUUUCGGCAGGCGGAGCGGGGGCUGGAGGCUGCUGCGGCGGCCGCGGUUGAUCUUACCGUUCCCGAGAUGGAUUUGAGUGCAUCUACAGAGCCACCUCAGUUUGUUCCUAGCAUCCGUUCAGGUAGCUUUUCCGACAUCGGGCACCGGAGUUUCAUGGAAGAUGAGCAUAUCCGUAUCGAUGAUCUUUCGGCACCCUUAGGCUCUCUGCUUAGGUGCCCUGCACCGAGUGCCUUCUACGCGGUAUUCGAUGGUCAUGGAGGUCCAGAUGCAGCUGCCUACAUUAAGAGGCAUGCAAUUAGGUUUCUGUUUGAAGAUGCUAAGUUUCCUUGGGCAUCAUCAGAAGCUGACAAGGAUUUUGUGGAAUCUGUUGAGAACUCGGUUCGUCAGGCGUUCCUUCUUGCAGACCUUGCCAUGGCUGAGGACUGCACUGUUAGCAGCUCUUCGGGGACUACGGCACUCACAGCAUUGGUGUUUGGGAGGCUUCUCCUCGUAGCCAAUGCAGGCGACUGCAGGGCAGUUCUAUGUAGGAAAGGCAAAGCAGUCGAGAUGUCACAGGAUCAUAAGCCUAUCCAUGCAAGCGAGAGGCAGAGGGUCGAGCAGUGCGGGGGUUUUGUUUACGAUGGCUACCUCAACGGCGUCCUCUCGGUCACGCGAGCCUUGGGAGACUGGGACUUGAAGGUGCCGCCGUCACCGCUCAUCCCAGAACCGGAGUUCCGGCACGCCGUCCUGACGGAGGACGACGAAUUCUUAAUCAUCGGUUGCGACGGGAUAUGGGACGUCAUGUCGAGCCAGUACGCGGUGAGCGUCGUACGCAGGGGCCUCAGGCGGCACGACGACCCCCAGCGGUGUGCGAGGGAGCUCGUCAUGGAGGCGCUGAGGCUCAACACCGUUGACAACCUCACGGUUGUUGUGGUCUGUUUCUCUGAGAGUAUGGCAAUUCGGCUUCGGCCCGUCGCGACCGGCAGCAGCGUUCCAGAUUGAGGUGCUGCAAAAGCACGUCAGCCGAGGCCCUUUGCAUUCUCAGGAUCUUGCUGGGUAAUGGAGAUGGAGAUUGUUUGUAGCUUAAUGUGAAAAAAUUAAGAUGAUGAUGAUGAAAACUUAUGGUAUGUUAUCGUCCCUUUUGUUCUUAA